AUGCUCGCCACGGCGGCCGCCGCUUUCCGUCAGCCGGGCGCGCUCGACGCUGUGUUUCUGGCAGGGCUGCUGACCCCUGUCCCGCGAGACUGUAGAAGGUACCUUGGCAGCGCCCUGAGCGAGCACUUUGACCCUCUGCUUCUCAUAGUCACUUUGACCGAGGUGUUCGUCACCGUCAAGGAGAUGUCUGCCGUGAGCCACGCCGCGCUCGGCGCAGAGGGCCGCGCCGCGCUCGCGGCGUGGCCAGCGCUGCUGGCGGGCUCGGCGGGGCUCGCUUGGGACUUGAUAAGCGCGCGGCUGGCCGAGGGCGGGGCCGCUGCGCUCCCAGCCGUCUCGUUGGCCGUGAAGCUGCCCCUCGCGGUGCAGUACGACGCGGCGGCCAAGGCGGUGCUCACCGCGGCGGCUGCAGCGCGCGCGGCGCGCCUGUUUCCGCAGCUGGCGGCGUUCUCGCGCGCGCCUGGCACGCAACCCGACUCGCCGGCCCAGAUUUGGCUAGCGAUCUGCAUGUUGAGCGCCUGGGGCGCCAUCCACUCCAUCUUGGCAGCUUGCGGCGGGGCGCUGGCAAGGCACGCGCUCGGCUUUAUCGGCCAGACGGCCUGUCGGUCGGGCGGCGCUGGGGUUGCCAGUGCCUCAAACGCUCGCGCGGCUGCUGGGCUGCUACAAGCUGUGCGCUUCCUGGUGCGCGCGACCAGCGCUGAGCUGGAACUCGGCGCCUCGUCACGCGGCAGCUGCGUCGCGGCCGUGCCGGGCGCGGCGGCCGCGCUGGUCUGCGGCGCGCGAAUGGGGCUUGCGGCGGUGCGCGCCAAGGGAGACGCCGCCUGCGACGAGGGCGAAGUCAUGGCCAACUUUUGUGCAGUGAUGGCGACGGUGGCUAUAGCAGAGGCGCACGCAGACAGGAGCACUGGCUGCGGCGGCGGCGGCGGCGGUGGCGCUGGCGCUGGCGGCGAGGACGGGGAUAGGGUGGGCAGCUGGCUGAGGGCACUGCACGCCUUGGGGGCUCUGCCGCAGGUCGCUAGCGCGCUGGCUGUGGAGGGCCUUGACGGCGAAAGCAAGGCUAUGAUUGCGCUCGCUGCGGCAGCGCUGGCUUACAGCCUCCCUCAGCAGCAGCAGCGGGAGCAGCAGCAGAAGCAGCAGGGGCAGCAUCAGCAAGAGCAGGAGCUGCAGCAGCAGGAGCAGGAGCUACACCAAGCGCUGCAGCAGCAGCAGCAGCGGCGGCGGCAGCAGCAGCAGCAGCAGCAGCAGCAGCAGCAGCAGCAGCACGUGUCAACCAUAGGCGGCACCGGAAUAGACGCGACAGACGUGCGGCGGCGUGCCUGGGCGGCGCUGGUUGGCGAUCGUGUCCCCUCCAGCAUUGUGGAAAUGCGGCUGCUCUGUGAGUUCCGGUGGGCGGGCAGGUGCGAUCUGGCCACGACGCCGGGGGCGCUUGCGUUUGCAGCUUCCGAGGCAGCAAGCCCGGAUGCUUGCCAGGCGGCCCUGGCGGCCGACCUUUUGAGAGUCGUUGAGGAGUGGGCGGUGUCGGAAUGGGCGCAGCACAGCGCGGGCGGCAGCAGCGGCGGGUUUGGCGACGAUGGCAGCAACGACGACGGCAGCGGCGGCGGCAGUGGCGGGUUGGAUGCGGACCAGGCGGACAAGCCGAGCUCGUCGGGCGGUGGGGCCCAGGCCGUCGCAGGGCACGCUGAGGCGCCAGCGGCGAUCGAGCGAGCAGAGCGGUCCUUGGAGGCCAUCUUGCGGCUGGCUGCCGGGGCGGCGUCGGCAGGCGCUGUUUCGGCAAGGGUAGUGGAGUCGGAGGCGCGCGCGGCGCUGGCGGAGCUGCGCAUGAGUUGUGCAUGGGAGCGGGCGGCCCAUCAGCGGGGACUGCAAAGACAGCGGCAGGAACAGCAGCAGGAGCAGCGCAGCGAGCAGCAGCAGCAGGAGGAGGAGGAGGAGGAGAAGAAUUGCGCUUUAUCAGCAACGGCCACAUCCAUGGCGAAGUUGCAACAGCAACAGCAACACGAGCAGCAGCGACACGAGCAGCAGCAACACAAGCAGCAGCAGCAGCAGCAGCCAGCAGGCUGCAGGGUUGCCACCUGCCGGCAAACAGCAUCAUGCGCUGCAUGUGGCACAGCCGAGGGUGCCGCAGGGGCGCGGCUGCACCUGUGCCGUGGCUGCCGUCAGGCGUGGUUCUGCUCUGACGCGUGCUACAAGGGCCACUGGCCGGUGCACAAGGCUGCGUGCCGCGAGGAGCAGGCGCGGCGGGCGGGGCAAGCGGCGGUGGCGGGGUCGGCGUAG